ACAAAGAUGUGGGAUUGAAAUCUCCUUGUGGAAGUUGAGGGAGGGGGGAGAGAGAAAUGAGUACAAGGGAGAUAACAGCCAAGGACGUGAAAGCCACAGAGAAGAACCGGGUUCGAUACUCUUCAAAGCACAUUAAACAUCUUCCACCUGGAACCAUUACUGAGUUUGUAUGGAAGGAUUAUUGUCCCUUGGGAUUCAGACUUGUGCAAGAGCUUGAGGAUAUUAACCAUGCUGAAUACUUGAAAUCCGUAUGCAAUGAUGAGACGUUAAGGAAGCUUUCUACUGGGAAAGUUGGUAAUAUGUUUCUUCUCUGCAAAGAUGACCGCUUUCUUAUUAAGAUUCUUCGCAAAUCCGAAAUCAAGGUGAUACUAGAGAUGUUGCCUGGCUACUACCAACAUAUUCAUAAAUACAGGUCAACCUUGUUGUCCAAGAACUAUGGAGCUCAUUCUCUCAAACCUGUUGGAGGUGUUAAGACAUAUUUUGUGGUCAUGUCAAACAUACUACAGUCAGAUGUUUUUAUGAACAAGGUCUAUGAUCUAAAGGGUUCAUCACAAGGCCGAACUAACAAGAAGAUCAAAGUCAGAGAUAAAACCAUACUUAAAGAUAUAGACCUUGAUUUUCAUUUCUAUGUUGAUUCCUUGGCAAGGCACCGCCUCCUCAAGCAAACAAAGCUAGACUGUGAGCUUUUGGAAGAUGAAGGGAUAAUGGAUUAUAGCUUAAUGCUUGGUUUACAAGUUAAAGGUUCAUGUCAAGGCUCAACUGAUGGAUUAAUCCCUGUAUACGAUAGCUUCACAUCACUAGGCUCUGUUGACAGCAGUAAGUUUAUGAAGACAGCUACGAACUCUCCAGAUAGUUCUUCAACAAUGUAUUCAUGCACUCCGAGCAGAGACUCAAUUGAUAGUGAGGACUCAGUGAAUGUGCAAUCCGUAGCAAGCAUGUGCCCUAGUCCAGCACCAACCAACGCUUCUGAUUCUCCACAAGGAAGCAUUGUCUACAAAACAACACCCACCAACAUCUUCCAAAACAGCUCAAGCACAAACUUCGGUAUGAGGAUACCUGGAAGAGCACGAAGGGUGGAGAGAGGAGAAUCAUUAGGGAGUGUGGUGGGGAAGAACGUUAAAGGAGGGGGAGAGGAAUGGUACGACGUUAUAUUGUACCUUGGGAUUAUAGACAUUUUCCAAGACUAUGGUGUGAGGAAACGCAUUGAACAUUGUUACAAGUCUAUUCAACACAGCUCUAAGACUAUCUCAGCCGUCCAUCCCAAGAUCUACUCUUCUCGUUUUCAAGACUUCGUCUCUCAGAUCUUCUUACCAGACGAAGACCUUUCUAAUUGACAUUAACUACCAUGUCUUAAUCUUUCUACUUAAAUUUGUUUAUGAAGCAAAAACAACCCCCACAACUUUUAUUUACUUUGACAUAUAGAU